GGUUUCCUUUCUUUUGCCUGCAUUCCAUUUGCAAACCAAGCCUGGAGACGCGGACGGCCAGAGGGAGGCAGGUACACCGCGGCGGCUGACGAGCCAAGCACCCCAGGCCCCAAGUCCCGCCCGGACCCCGCGACAAUAGAGUCCGGAAGUGCGGGCAGAGCGCCUCCCGGGAGCGGCACGCAGUCCGGGCACGGAGCAGUGAGGGCCGCGCCCCGGCGGGCUGGCGGGAUGGCUGCAGCGCUGGCCCUGAGGGUGGUCGCGGGGUUGGCUGCUGCCGCGCUAGCGGCGAUGCUCUUGGAACACUACGGCCUGGCGGGCCAGCCCUCGUCGCUGCCCCACCCCGCGCCCCACCGGAGGCCGCACCCAGCGCCCGGCCCCGGAGACGGCAACAUCUUUUGGGGCCUGCAGAUAUCCGACAUUCACCUGAGCAGGUUUCGAGAUCCAGGCAGAGCGGUAGACUUAGAGAAGUUCUGUUCUGAAACUAUUGACAUCAUUCAACCAGCUCUCGUCCUAGCAACAGGAGACCUGACAGAUGCCAAAACAAAGGAACAGUGGGGAUCCAGGCAGCAUGAGGUAGAAUGGCAAACUUACCAGAGUAUUCUGAAGAAGACAAGGGUCGUGGAAAAAACCAAGUGGCUGGAUAUCAAAGGAAAUCAUGAUGCAUACAAUAUUCCAAGUCUGGACAGCGUCAAGAAUUAUUACAGGAAAUAUUCUGCUGUACGUAGGGAUGGCUCUUUCCAUUAUAUCCACAGUACUCCCUUUGGCAACUAUUCUUUCAUCUAUGUGGAUGCCACCAUAAAUCCAGGGCCCAAGAGACCCUAUAAUUUCUUUGGAAUUUUAGAUAAGAAAAGAAUGGAGGAGCUCUUAUCACUGGCCAAGGAAAGUAGUCAGAGCAACCAUACGAUUUGGUUUGGACACUUUACAACAUCCACUAUCCUUUCUCCACCACCAGGAAUCCGAUCAAUAAUGAGUUUGGCUACAGCUUAUAUGUGUGGGCAUCUCCAUACACUUGGUGGACUGAUGCCUGUUUUGCACACUCGUCACUUCCAGGGCACUUUGGAACUUGAGGUGGGAGACUGGAAGGAUAAUAGAAGGUACCGGAUCUUUGCUUUUGAUCAUGACCUCUUUAGCUUUGCAGAUUUGACCUUUGGCAAGUGGCCUGUAGUUCUUAUCACCAAUCCUAAAUCACUCCUCUAUAGUUGUGCUAAACGUGAACCACUAGAAAGACUUUUUCACUCAACACACAUUCGAGUCUUGGCCUUUUCCUUAUCCUCCAUUACUUCUGUCACAGUUAAGAUUGAUGGAGUUCAUUUAGGGCAGGCUAUUCAUUUGUCUGGUCCCAUUUUCAUCCUGAAGUGGAACCCCAGAAACUACAGUAAUGGGACACAUAACAUAGAAGUAAUUGUUCAGGAUUCUGCUGGAAGAAGUGAGAGUGUUCACCACAUAUUUUCUGUUCAAGAGAAUAUUCAUCUCAGUUUUGAUCCCCUGGCAUCAUUUAUUCUCUGUACUGACCACUACAUUUUGGCCCGGGUCCUUUUUGUGCUGAUUGUGCUGAUCCAGCUCACCAUUCUUUUUACUUUUAGAUAUCAAGGAUGCCCAGAGCUUAAAGAACCUUCAGGAUUUGUAAAUCUGACUUCAUUUUCCCUUCAUAUCUUGAGCAAAAUAAACAUCUUCUACUAUUCUGUGUUGUUGCUGACCCUAUAUACAGUGCUGGGACCAUGGUUUUUUGGUGAAAUCAUUGACGGUAAAUUGGGUUGCUGCUUUUCCUUUGGGAUAUUUGUUAAUGGACAUUUCCUACAAGGCAGUCUAACAUUUGUAGCUGGAAUUCUCCAGCUGGUAUUUUUUAACAUCCCCUUGAUGGCUUACCUGUGUUGGAGCUUGUUGCAUCGGUGCUUUGGUCACAACUUCAGGUCUCAUCUCCGUCAAGGAAAAUACUUGAAAAUUAUAUCUGUUCACCUGCUUAUGCUACUGCUGUACAUAUGGCAGGUGCAUUCCUGCUACUUUCUUUAUGUGACAUAUGGCACCCUAGCUUUUUUAUUCUCCCCCUUGCGGACCUGGUUGACACUUUUGACACCUGUUCUCAUUCAUCGUGCAUGGACACUGAACUCCACCAAGUUUGGAAACUUCAUGGUGCAGUCAAAAACCAUCUGAGCUCCCGAAGGCUAUGUCUCACCACUGUCAGUUGGGCAGAAGUCCAGCCUCUGCAUCUGUAGCCCAGGCCCCUGCCCCAGUAGCAGGUAGAAGGCCACUAUUGGAGGGUGAGCUUCAGGGAGCUGUUGCUCCUUGGAUGCCUGGAUGUUGGAGGGAUUACCCCCUACUGAUUCCUGCAAAAUGGACUGCAGAAAAGUCUUUAAAUAAUGCCUUGAUUUUUUUCCUUCCCUAAGGAGGCAAAGGGUUGAAUUUCCUCUGUAAAGAGAAAGUCCUAAUCUAGGAGAUCCACGGGGUAGGGGUUGGGCAUGUGUGUAUGGGAAUAUCUGAGGCCCAGUGUGUUUUUAGGGUAACCCCAUGUAAAGCACCUAGCGCCCUGCCUGGAACUCAGCAGCUGUCAAAGGGUGCAAUUUUAGGGGCUGGGAACCUUUGUGGACUUGCAUCUGACCCUGACUAACCUAUGAGAUAUUAGUUCCCUGGUAUGUUUUCCCACAGAGUUAUGGGCUCUCUGCUUCCUUAGUCGAGGGUGUUUUCAACUAAUCAAAUAAACGAAUGAAUGCCGAAUAA